UCUAAACCUUUCAAAACAAUCACAUCUUCCCUUUCUUUCUCUUCUUUUUCUUUCACUUUCCCACCUUCUAUCUAAUGUCACCAUCUCUCUUUCAUCUUUUUUUGCCCUCUUAAUCACUAAUCAUCUUGUUAAUCACUAUAAUUAACAUCUUCAUUAAUCCAUUUCUAUUUGCACUUCUUUUAGUUGAAAGAAAUAAAAAUCAUACAAUUUUUAAGUUGUAAUUGUUGGUGGAUGCUUUUUGAGCUUAACUUAUGACCACAAAGACUACUAGAAAGAGAAAAAGGGUAUCUAAAAUUGGGAAGAUGGAAGAAGGAAAUCAUGAAGUGGCAAAUUCCAUAAGAAAAAGAAUUGAAGAAUUACCUCCACUUUCUUCAAAAUGUUGCAUCUAUAAAGUCCCAAGAACUCUAAGAAAUGUAAACAUAAGUGCAUACAAGCCUUGUCUUAUUUCAAUUGGGCCCCUUCAUUAUGGAAUCAAAAGCUUACAAGCAAUGCAAGAUCAAAAGUUAAGGUAUCUUCAAAACUUUCUUAGAAGAAAUAAGGAAAAAACCCUAAAAGACUAUCUAAAAGCCCUUAAAGAUUGGGAAAAAGAUGCAAGAGAUUGUUACAUUGAUAGAAUAAAUCUAAGUAGUGAUCAAUUCAUUGAAAUGAUGUUGCUUGAUGGGUGUUUUAUCAUUGAAUUUUUCUUAAAUUGGUAUUGGGAUUCAUUAGAAGAACAUGAUCAAAUCUUUGAAAAACCCUCAUUAGAACAUGUAAUUAGAAGGGAUUUAUUAUUAAUUGAGAAUCAAAUCCCAUUUUUCAUCCUUCAAGGUUUAUAUGAUUCCAUACAUAGUUCAAUCCCACUCGCUAAUCUUACUUCUGAAGUGUUAUUAGGGAAGAAAGAUCUUCCAAACAAGUUCAAAAAACACAAAAUUUUGCAUUUACUGGAUUUUUUAAGAACAUACUACUUACCCAAAACACUUAGGAAUGAUCCCAAAUACAAAAAAUACAGUAAAUGUUGGAAAUUUCCUCCUGGUGCAGGGGAUUUACAUGAUGCUGGGGUGAAAUUUGCAGUAAAUAACAUUAAACUGAAAACCCAUUCUUUACUUGAUAUAAAGUUCAAAAAUGGAGUUCUAUAUAUCCCGAAAUUCGAAGUCGAAGAUCAUACAGAAUGUAUACUGUUAAACUUAUCAGCAUUUGAGCAAUGCCAUUACCAUUUUGAUUCAUACAUUGUAGAUUACAUCUUGUUUAUGGAUGUUCUUAUUGCUACACUUAAGGAUGUGGAUGUUCUUCUAAGUAGUGGGAUUAUUACAAAUUCUUUAGGGAAUAAUGAUGAGGUUGCACAUAUUUUCAAUACCAUUUGCAGAGAAACAAAUUAUGAUGCUAACAAUUUUUAUUACUCUUAUAUUUGUAAUAGAUUGGUUGCUCAUUCUAAAGCACCAUGGAAUAGGUGGAAAGCUACUUUGAAUCAUCAUUAUUUCAAUAAUCCUUGGGCUAGUAUUUCUGUUGUUGCUGCUGUUUUGUUGCUUAUUCUUACUGUUGUACAAACAGCUUGUUGCAUCAUUGCUACCAAACGUUUAAUGUACACUGAUCUGUGAACGAGAUAUACUGGUUAUCAAGUUAUAUUGAUGAUUAUAUGCAAGAAACUUUUUUGGCUUAAUUUUUUUUAUUGUUGAUUUGAUCACUUUUUGUGUAAUUGUGGUUGGAGGUGUGAGUGAUGUGAUGGAGUAUAUACAUAUAUGGGGGAUUAAGCUUUUAGUUAAGUCCUGGGUUAUAUACUUUAUUAUAAUGAUGGUAAAACUUACUCGAUGUGAAAACACCAUACAAAUUUGUCAUGAUAUUAGCUGGGUUUUGUAGAAAUUUUAAUACUCAUUCCAAUUCAAUUUAGUUAUUCCUUUUGAUUUGGGCACAAAUAUUAAGAAAAUGAAGGGACUACCUAAAAUAGAAUACCCAUGUGCAAUAGUGGGUGUUUUUAAUAUAAAGAAAAUGAAGGGACCACUUAAAAUAAUAGGCCCAUAUACAAUAUUGGGUAUUUUCACUAUUAAGAAAAUGAGAGGACCACGUAAAAAAUACAAUAUAUUUUAAAAUGAAAAUGGGCCAAUAAAAGUAAAUUGCCCAAAAAGAAAAGGGAAUAAUUAUAAAGAAUUGGAGGGAGUAAAAGUUAGUUCAAAUUGCUUUGUACUAGAAUUGUUAAGAUCUCAACAAAAUUGUAUGGAUUUUGGAUUUAUAGGUUUGAUUGGUAGAGGGUCCCAUGUGGGAUGUGGUGCUAACAUGGAAAGUUCAUUGCAUGUGUUAAACAAAGUGACCUGUGGAUUCUUUGGAUUUGUCUUGGGCUUUUGGUAUGAUCUUGCAUAUUGUCAUUUUAGACAAUCAAAUCUAGGAAUGGACUUUGUUAAGUGCUCAUUUUUCCCCGAGUUUUCUAUAGAGGAGCAUGAAUUGCUGCAAAUCAACCUCUCGUACUCGUUUCCCGGGGAGACAUGUUUUGGCCGCUAUUUGAAAGGGGUGUUUUUUACGAGGUUUUUACCCUUAGGCCCAAUGCAAAAGACACUUAUUAUAAUAUAAAUUGUUUACUUAGUCAUACUUCUGGGACUCCUCCACAACCGGUUGAAUAGGAUCGACAUCGUGGUAAAUCAGUUCAAAUAACCAAAAUAGUCUCAUAUGAUAUGACAAUUCACCUAAAUGUCUCGGACGCGAUCAUACUACAUUGAGGAAACCUAUUCUACCACGAUGUAUGUCUACUGACCCAAAUGACACUAAAAAGGCCGAUGGAACUCAGUAGACAUAAAAAUCUUUAUAGGGACACUCUGAACAUGUCUCAACUUAUUAACGUUCUUCUUAGUCGUACACCACCACAAUUUCAAAAUUGUAAUAUACCCUUCAAUAAGAUAUGCCAGCAUAACCUCGUUGGAUUCUAAAGAUUUGGGCACCAAUCAAUCUGAGUGCAUCAAAACAUGUAAGAAAAACAAAUUGGUAUAAUGACAUAGCAUAGUAAUGAAAAUACAACAUAAAUACACAUGACUCUCUAACAUGGUGUCCAACCUACAAGUGCAUCUCUCCAAGCCUUGUCACUCGAAUUGGCAGGUAACCUACCCUAACCCUCCACUAGCAGCCCCAAUAUAAGUUGCACCUAAUGCAACAAGAUAAUCAUCUCUCCUAUGUCAUUCUUUAUUGUUUUAUUAGUGCUUGAUACAUUUCACUUUAUUACGCAAUCUAAUUGCUGUUUAGGUUAUUUAUAUCUUGAAAUCUGCAUAACUAAAAUUAUAAAAUUUGAUAUUAUGAAAAUGCGUGAUUAGACGAUUCUAACAAGAUCUCA